AUGUCUUCUAAUUCACAAAAAUAUUUUAAUAAUUUUCGUCGUCUAUGCCGCAACAGGCCAAUUUUGGUAACUAGUGUAGUUACUGGCGCUGCUUUGUCUGCUACAAUUUAUUAUUUGGAUGCAACAAAUGAAGAACGUUUUCAAAGAAAUAAAUCCAACUAUUUUUCUUCACUUCGUGCGCAUGCAGCAUCUCCAAGUCUUUUAGAAACCAAACAACAACAAUUAAAUCGCCGUCCAUCAGGGCCUCUUCCUUCAAGAAAAGAACUUUUGAAUGGAUUAAGAGAAGAAGAAUUUGAUAUUUUGGUUAUUGGUGGAGGGGCUACAGGGGCUGGGGUUGCUUUAGAUGCACAAACUAGAGGGCUCAAAACUGCUUUGGUUGAGUUGGAUGAUUUCUCUUCUGGAACUAGUUCUCGCAGCACCAAACUCAUUCACGGAGGUGUUCGCUAUCUUCAAUCAGCAAUAAUGAAAUUAGACAGAGAACAAUAUAGAAUGGUUAAAGAAGCUUUGUUUGAACGGGCAAAUUUGUUAGAAAUUGCUCCGCACCUUAGCUAUCCUCUACCUAUUAUGUUGCCUAUUUACAAGCUUUGGCAAGUUCCAUAUUAUUGGUUUGGAAUUAAAAUGUACGAUUGGGUUUCUGGCAAAAGAUUGUUAAAGAAUUCUUAUUUUAUAAAUAAAGAAAAGGCUUUGGAACGUUUUCCAAUGUUGAAAAAGGAAUCGUUGAAAGGAGCUUUAAUUUAUUUUGACGGUCAACAUAACGAUGCUCGUAUGAAUUUAGCAAUUGUCUUAAGUGCUAUUAGAAAUGGGGCAAAAUGUUGUAAUCAUGUGGCUGUUGAACAAUUAAUUAAAGAUGAAUCUACGGGAAAAUUAUGUGCUGCUAAAGUUAAGGAUAUGAUAACUGGAGAACAUUUUAUUGUCCGUUCCAAAUGUAUUGUUAAUGCUACCGGUCCUUUUACUGAUUCAAUUCGUUUAAUGGCAAAUCCAGAAACUCAGCCAAUUUGUUGUCCUUCUGCAGGUGUUCAUAUCGUUUUACCUGGUUAUUACAGCCCUGCAAAUACUGGACUUUUGGAUCCGGCAACGACUGAUGGACGUGUUAUAUUUUUCCUUCCAUGGCAAAAAAUGACAGUUGCCGGUACAACAGAUGCAUCAAGCGAAGUUACCUUCUCUCCAAAACCUCGAAAUUCUGAUAUUGAAUUUAUUCUUAAUGAAAUUCGCGGAUAUUUAAAUAAAAAUAUUACAGUUCGUAGAGGGGAUGUAAUGAGUGCUUGGUCAGGUCUUCGACCUUUAGUUAGAGAUCCAAACAAAUCUGAUACAAAAUCACUUGCUCGAAAUCACAUUAUUGAAGUAGCUGAUGAUUCUGGACUUGUUACUAUUGCUGGUGGUAAAUGGACAACGUAUCGACAUAUGGCCCAAGAAACGGUGGAUGCUGCUAUUAAAGCACACGAUCUUAAACCUAAAAAUGAUUGUAUUACUGCUGGUUUAUUACUUGAAGGUGCACACAAUUGGGACCCAUUGCUCUAUGUCCAUUUAGUCCAAGAUUAUGGAAUUGAAGUUGAUGUUGCACAACAUUUGGCAAAUAAUUAUGGUGAUCGUGCUUUUGUAGUUGCUAGAUUGUGUAAAAUGACUGGAAAGAGAUGGCCAAUAGUUGGAAAUCGAUUACACGGAGAAUUUCCUUUUUUGGAUGCUGAAGUUGAUCAUGCAAUAAAAGAAUAUGCGUGUACAACUGUUGAUGUUAUUGCUAGACGGUUACGGAUUGCUUUUUUAAAUACUUAUGCGGCACAUGAAGUUCUUGAUUUGGUUGUUCAAAUAAUGGCAAAACGUUUAAAUUGGAGCAGAAAGGAAAUGGAGAGACAAUUACAAAUGGCUAGAGAUUUUAUUAACAAUGAAAUGGGACAAGAAGCACGUAUGCAAUCAAUGUCAAGUGUCCCAUUAAAUUUAACACGUGAGGAAAUGCAAGCGGCAAAGGAAAGGUUUAAUCAAUUGGAUCGUGACAGAAAAGGGCAUAUUACUGUUAAUGAUAUUCGCCGACAUUUCCGUGAACAUGGCAACAAAAUUGAUGAACGUCUUUUACACGAAUUGUUGAAUGAAGUCGAUUUGAAUAAGAAUGGAGAGUUGGAAUUGGCAGAAUUCUUCCAGUUAUAUAGCGGUCUAAAAACUGGACAUAUUACACAAAAUCGUUUGGUAAGAUAUUUGGAUGAAAUGUCAGUAAAGGAUGUUGCACGUUCUGGAGGGGGCUUUUAA